CCUAAAUGGCGACGGCCGGACAGAGCCUCCUAAAUAAGGGCUUAUUUGACAUUUUUUGGUUAGUAUGUGGGCUUAUUUGACUCUUUUCUCUAAGAAAAAAUUAGGACUUCCCGAAAAAGAAUAGAUGGAAUUUAAAUAGGGAGAGAAGAUGCAAUGUGGUAAUGUUUGAUAACACAAGAGAUGACUCAUUAUGCGUGCCGGAUGUUGGAUCGUUUCUUUCCGAGAUUAUGAUAUUAAAGCAUGAUUUACUCGUCCACCGCUUUAUGGGGUAGGGCUUCUUUUUGAAAUUGUGAUAUUAAAACAUGAUUUACUCAUUCACCGCUUUAUGGGGCGGGGAGGGGCAUCAAGAGUGAGCAUUCCACUUUUUUAAGGAUUGAGAUCCUCUGUCGUAUGGCCGAGUGCCUUGCGGGCAGGGGGGUCGUCGGAUGAAGGAAAUGAAACCUCGAGAUGUGAACCUUGAAAUCUCCGACGGUUGAAAGCACCGUGCCUUGCUCUAAAGGAAGGCAGAGGCUCCGGGUCCCUUUUUUAAAUGGAGCUCAUCAGAUUGAGCGAUAUGCCGAUAAGGUCAUGGGUCACUUACUCUCUUACUACGUACUACGUAUAAGUUAUAACCCAUGUCAGGCAGGUGGGUGAAGUCGCAGAGGUAUUACUCAAAGUGAAUGCUGGAACUGAAGCUGCAGAUGCUGGCCAGCCUUGAACUGCACUAUAUUUUAUCGAGGAAGGAGGAUUUGAAGACCUGAAGCAAUAAUAGAGCCGCCAAAGUCACUUGUCUAAGUCAUGCCAAUCUCAGACACCUAAUGCUCUUAUUGUGUACCACUACUGUCUUGAUUUCAAUCAAGUUAUUUGAGGUUUUUGGGAGGGAAUUGAAAGGUAACUUAUUUCUAGUUAGGGAAAUUGCUUAAAUAGGAGCAAAUGAGAUUUCACAUGUUAAAUGCACUGUACUGCAACUACUUGACAGUCACGCCUACAAGAUGGCUAUAAAUACUGUCAUGGCAGUCCUAUUUUGGAAAUAAAAACAUAGUAGUCCUAUUUUGGAAUUCCAAACUCCAUUUACGCCUAUUUUGAGAAAUCUCCCUUCUAGUUAUAUACUUGUACGUAACUUAAUAUUCCACCGUUCCUAAAAACUUAGUCAACUUGGCACAAAAAUUAAUAAAUUAAACAUUGUGUGAUUGAGUUUUGUGCAGAGGAAAGAGAAAUAAAUGAAAUCCCAAUUUUUUACUAAAAAGCGAAAGUGGCAAAAUCAGUGGCAAACAAAAAAGGUUGGCAAAGUUUUAAGGGACGGGGGAGUAUAAUAUUCCGUAGUUAAUACUCUCUUUAUCCCUAUUUAAACUUUCUAAUUUGAAUAGCACACAUUUUAAGAAAAAGAUGUCUUGUUUUCACUCCCUGAAACGCGCUCUUCACGAAAGGGUAAAUUUUAUUGUAUUGUCCACUGUUUGACACUGUUUUGUAUAACGAGUAGUUGAGUAAAUUGAUAGAAAUUUGUAUACGAAACAAGAAAAGUGAGUCUAUAUAGGAACAUUUGUUAAAGAAUAGCAGGAAAUCGGACCAAAGUAAUACUCCCUCCAUACCAUUUACAUCUUCCCGCUUUCCUUAUUUAACUUGUACUCCGUCAUACCAUAUCUAGAUCUCUCCGUCAUACUCUCAAUAAUUUUGAAAUUAACACGCUAUUAUAACUACUUUUUGGAUUUAUCCUUCAUUCCAGCACAUUAUUUCAUUAUCUCCCUAUCAUUCUCUCAAUAAUUUAUAUCUCAUUUCACUAUUUAUAAUCUCAUAUACUUUUAAAUGGGAAUAUGUAAAUAUUAAGGAUGUAUUAGUUACUACGGAGUAAUAUGUAAGUUUAGGUCACAUGGUUAAAAGAUCUUUGGCAUGGUACAACAAACAUAAAUGGACAAACAUUUAACCAGAGAUAGGAUGCGACCCUCCACCCACUUCACUCCACUACUUGUCUAAUUGGUAUUUAUGGUAUGCUUUAACAGACAAAAAGCUAAUACACUAACUGAAAACAAAAAAUAAAAGUUUAUAUGCAAGUAUACAACUAAUAAAGGCCGGAUGGAUGAUGCACAUGAAAAGGGGCCAUCCGAAUUUCUCAUCACUUUAUAUAUAGGUCGUGUUCAUCACUUGUUUUUCACUUGCCAAUAAUUUACAUUUAUAGUUUUAAGCGCUAAAGCAGUUAGGGUACAAAUUGAGUUGAGUCAUGGUAAAGGUUCUUUUGGAUAAAUGUUUACAUUAAUUUUACUCCAUCCGUCCUUAAAUAAAUAUCUCACUUUCUUUUUAGGUUCGUCUCUUUAAAAUGUUUUCUUUCCUUAUUUGGUAAACAAAACGGUGCAAAACAGUGCCAAACACCGUAAAACAGUAUCAGACAAUAUCCAAAUAGUGUCAUUUUCUUAAACUGUGUGAAAGUCAAACGGGACCUUUUAAAUUGGGACGGAGGGAGUAUACAUUAUGAUAUUAAAAGAUUUUCUGAAAUUUAGGACAGAUGGAGCUGUAGCAUGAUCGAUAAAAGUUACAACUACUUAUAUUUUACAUUUUUGCAUCCCCAAUAAUAAGCAUAUGUUGGAAAAGAAGAUGAAUUAGAAAAACAUCUUGAGUUUGGCCAAAUGCAAAGAUUGAAGGUCCAAAAUGAAUAGAGGGUUCACAAGUUAAAAGACAUCAGACUCCGCGAGGAUGGUAGUGCAUGAAACGAUGGAAACAUGAAGUUAAAUGAUGGAGGAUUUCCAAAAUAAAAUCACGACUUAUUAGUAGCUUGCUUGUGUUGAUUGAUCCAUGGGUAGUGGGUACUUCGUUUUGGUUCAAGUUAUUGUAUCCUGUCGUGUCGUGUGUAGUUUUUAAUGUGUGUUACUUUUGUAUUUUCUCACUUCGUACAUGUUUAUCUCGCUGCUAAAGUCACAAUUAGGUUAGUAAGACAGAUGAAGUAAACACGCAAACUGCUUAAAAGCUGUUUACUAACCGAAAAAGGUGUUAAAGUGCCGUUUACUAAACAUAUCACCCCCUAUGUAUUAAUUAAGCGCCACUUUAAACUUUUUCAGUUUCCGAAUUUACUCUUAUCCAUUUACCUUAUUGUUACCCUUUACCAUUACCCCUCCACCCACCCCGCCCUACCCCUACCCUACCUUAUCUCAACCCUGACCCCACCCUCCCUUACGCAUCCCGUGCCCCUUACCCUACUCUACCCCUUUACCCCUACCACCUGCCCCUAACUCAACCCCACCCCUACCCCAUUUACUCUACCCUAACCCCCUAGCCCUUACCACGCCUACCCCCAACCAUACCCCUUAUCCUGGCCCUAGAGUAGGGGUUAAUGGGGGUACGAGCCUAACUAAUCAACGUAGGGGUAGGAGGGGUAAGGGUACAUGGGUCAGGGAUACGAGUAGGGGUAGGGGUAGGGGUUAGGGGUAUGAGGGUUGUAGUGGAGUAGGGGUAGAGGGUAAGGUCGUGGUAAGGGUAGGUGUGGUGGUACGAGUAUAGGGUGGAUAGGGGUUAGGGGUAUGGGUACGCGUACGAGGUGACCCCCGCGUAUUAUAUUAUAUAUUUGUGUUCAUGAAUGUUUAUGUGUCUAUAUAUAUAUAUAUAUGUAUAGGAUUAUUUUGGACAUUUUGAUGUUAAACAGUGUUUUAAAUCCUCUGAAGUAAACAUGAGCUUACAACAAUGCUUAUUUUACACACCGCUUAUUAACGCGGGUCUUAAUAAACACCGUUUAGUAACUCAUGAAGUAAAGUGUCCUUAGUUUUGUUUACUUUGGUAACAGGUACUCUUAGACUGGUUGGGUCCAAGGCAUUCAUAAGGUUAUGAGUAUAAGUAAAGACCAUUAGAAUCAAGGAAUUUUAUCAAUAACCAACUAUUUCAGCCCAGCUGGUUGUGAGAUUACCGUGUCUAGUGAAACUCACUCAAUGGAGUGAGUUUCAGCCCUGAUUACUCCACCACCACCACCACCCCCCCCCCCCCAACCCAGGCCCUCCUCCAGACCCCCUGGAGUAAAAAAAGGAAUUUUAUCAAUUCAGUACCUGAAAGAUAGAUUAAAUAUCAAUCCGGGACCUGAAAGAUGAAAUGUAUCGGUAUAAGACCCGAAUGAUGGAAAACUAUUAAUCUAGGAACUAACAUUUCAUAGGUUUUGAUUUUUUUUAUUAAUUUCAUUGCUAAUUUUUUAUAAAUUCUUCUUCACAAAAGUUUAUUAGUUUAUUAUGAGUACUUUGGUUUGUAUGACUAUGUUUGAUAAAUGGCUUAUCAACCAUUUUUUUGGCUAGUUUCUUUAAAUUUAGUUGCUUUGACUGGUUGAAUAGCUAUAAAAUAUGUUUGGUGAUUAUUAUUUUUAAACAACUUCUUCAUCUCAAGAAGCCAACAAAAAUGAAUAGUUGGAAUUAAUAAAUAAUACUCCCUCUGUCCCUAAAUCAAAGUCACACUUUCGGACUUUCCUUAAAUGGAUGUCUCAAAAUAAAAGUCACACUUCCUAUUUUGGUAAGUUUCAGCAUUUAAUUUACCCUCCCAUCCUUUUCUCAUUAAUUAUCACAUCUCAUUCAUCUUACCAACAAACCGCCCCAUUUAAUUUACUCGUUCAUAUUCCCAACUCCAUACUCUUAUCCCAUUCAUUAUCUUCUCUACCUCUCUCCUUCGCAUACUCCCUUCGUCCUUCUCUCUGUCGUUUAUCACCACUCUGUUGCUACCUAUCCACCGUGUCUCCUCUGUAUACCCCUUCGCCCUUGUCUUAGUUGUUCCCCACCACUCCGAUGCUACCCAUCUAUUCAUUCUCUUCCAACGCAACCCCCUUCUCAUCCAAGUCAUGGUUGAGCCCUAUUCUUUGUUAGCAGUGAAAACCACUCAUCCAGCUUUACACAUGCAACCGAAAAGUGUUUUGGAUGGAGGGAAGCUUACACCAGCCUUAGACCUGAAAUCAGAAAAAGGUUGGCCUGUGGAUCCAUUGCAUGCAACGUCAACGAGGUCGUUUUCUGUAAGGAUUCUUCAUUUUGGUAACUCAAGUGAGGCUGAGACGGAUCCGAAUUGGGCGAUACGAAAGAAAUAUAGGGACAAUCUUGUGCCCGACACAUAUGACGGGCUGAACGGCUUGAAAGAUGGACAGGAGGUGUCUUCGGCAACGAAAAAUGAAGAUGGCAACCUGACCUGUUCAGAGGAUGGUUGAGACGAAGUUGACGAAUGGAAGGAGGUGCCCCGACACGAAUUCAAAGGGAAGUAGCUUGUACUCCCUAUUUCUCUGUACUGUGAAAAUGUUCAUGGUGAAUUGCAUGUUUG